GGCACGGCGUCGGUAAUGGUUGAUACGCAGCAUCCACUCACCCUGCUGCUCAACAGCUCUGUGGGUGACAGAGAUCUCUGCAACUAUUCUCUUUGCUUUCCUGGUUUACGUGGGGAUCCUUGCUCUCCUGAUUGCUGGGCGCCUUCUCAUGAAAAUUGAUCCAGUCAGAAACUGGGUUUACAAGAAACUGAAUCCCAGAGCAACUGAUCGUAUGAUUAACUCCGAGCUCGGAUCCCCGAACACCACAGACUCCAUUAACUGUGAUCCUGCCCCGCAGUCGUGGAGCUCGGGCUCGCGGCAGCGCCUGCGGUCCCUGGACACCUUCCGAGGGCUCUCUCUUGUAAUUAUGGUGUUUGUUAACUAUGGAGGAGGAAAGUACUGGUUCUUCAAACAUGAGAGCUGGAAUGGAUUAACAGUGGCAGAUCUGGUGUUUCCAUGGUUUGUGUUCAUCAUGGGGACAUCAAUAGCAUUGGCACUGGGCUCCGUGCUGAGGUGGGGAAGUUCCAAGUGGAAGGUGCUUAGAAAAAUCAUCUGGAGGAGUUUUGUGCUAAUCCUGCUGGGAAUCAUAGUUGUGAAUCCCAAUUACUGCCUUGGACCUUUGUCCUGGGAUAAUCUGCGUAUUCCAGGCGUGCUCCAGAGGCUGGGAUUCACAUACCUGGUGGUUGCUGCUCUUGAACUCCUGUUUACAAGGGCUGAUAGUGGGACUUGGGAAGGACGAUUCCCUGCUCUGCAGGAUAUUCUCCCCUACUGGCCACAGUGGAUUUUUAUUCUGGUGUUAGAAACAAUUUGGCUCUGCCUGACCUUCUUGUUACCAGUGCCAGAUUGUCCCAGGGGCUAUCUCGGUCCUGGGGGCAUUGGGGACUUCGGAAAGUAUCCCAACUGCACUGGAGGAGCAGCAGGUUACAUUGACCGCUUGCUUCUUGGAGAAAAGCAUAUGUAUCAGCAUCCCUCUUCAGGUGUGAUUUACCAAUCAACGAUGCCAUAUGAUCCUGAAGGGAUCCUGGGGACCAUAAAUAGCAUUGUUAUGGCAUUUUUGGGACUGCAGGCAGGAAAAAUUACUUUGUUCUACAAAGACCAGCCCAAACAAAUUAUGAGUCGGUUCAUCAUAUGGGGCAUAAUAAUGGGAGUUAUUUCUGCUAUCUUGACAAAAUGUUCUAAAGAAGAAGGGUUUAUUCCCAUAAACAAGAACUUAUGGUCAAUAUCAUAUGUGACAACCAUGAGCUGUUUUGCCUUCAUCCUAUUACUGCUGAUAUAUUACCUUGUGGAUGUCAAGAAAUGGUGGUCAGGUGCUCCAUUUUUAUACCCAGGAAUGAACUCAAUCCUCGUAUACAUUGGACACCAAGUUUUUGCAAACUACUUCCCUUUUAAGUGGAAGAUGCAAGACAGUCAAUCCCACGCAGAGCAUCUGACUCAAAACCUCACUGCAACAACUCUUUGGGUCAUAAUAUCAUACAUACUUUACAGGAAAAGGAUAUUUUGGAAAAUCUGAUAGAGGUCGUCAAGGUCUAGCAGGCCUAGAUUCUGAUGAGGCAAGUGGAUUAGCCUGAAAUAUGGUGGAUUAGCCUGAAAUAUUGCCACUCAGGCUAUAUUACUAAAAAGGGAUACUAGUUCAAGUUUACAGUGCCAUGGAAGUCAUCAUCAAGACUUUUACGUGAUUUAAGGGACAGUAUUUUCCUAUUUAACAAAAACUUACUAGUCUAUUACAGUUGCUCUCUGUUUUCCAUCUUUUGUAAAUAUUUUACUGAUUUCCCUCUUUCAUACAGAGAAGCUGAACAUACCCUAACAGUUAGGCAGCCUAAGACAGCCUGAUGGUGUUCAUGAAAGGAACUGCAAGGGAUGGGGGAUGGUGACUGCAAGGAGUUGUCAAAAAGGGCCUGUGGUAGCAGUCCCUGACACAGAACCCCCUAACUCAGGUGGUCUGGGGUUUGUAUAUAUCCUUGGCACCUCUUGCAUGCCUGUCCCCUCUGGCUACUGGCACACAUUUAACUUGGCCAGUGACCAUCUGGGAAAGCUUGGGGGCACCUUUGUGUCGCAGCCUGGUGGUGCUAUCAGCUGAUCAUGCUUCAUUGUAUUUUUCCCAUUUAUUCAACCAAACCCUUAGGUUUAGGAUCCUGCUGAAGCCUAAAAUCUCCUCUAUUGGCUUAUUAAUCAGCAGGCUGCUCCUACAGGUUUAGCAGCCCAUCUGUGCAUGGUCUGGGACUUUGUGUAACACACCCCUUGCAUGGACGAGGUCCGAGUUUCAUGUGCUACACUCUAGGAGUGCAGAAAGGCCAUUUCCUACUGACUUUGCAUAAUCACUUGGGUAUUACCAAAUUUCAAUCAAAACAAUCCUCUUUCUACAUGAAUUUACUUAAGGACCCUGAAUCUGAAAACCAGCAAUACAGGUAGAAUUCUGCAGACAAGGAAGACCUAACAGAUCAAUUCCAUGUAAGAUAACAGUUUUUGGAAAUUCAGGAAAUUCACUCAUGCUGUGAUUUCCAAACUAGUGCUAAUAAAAAACCUGAAAUACCUU